ACAGGAGUCGCGACCGAGAAUUGUUUUGCACUGGAUUGAAUUUCAAUUCAUCCUAUAAGCAGGAACAGGCAAGUUUGGCAUUUAUACGUUAAAACAGCAGCUAUAGGAUAUGCAUGCAAAAUGUUUCAGCUUUCUGUUGAUAGUUUUACCUGUAUUUUUACAAGCAAAGAGUAGGGAGAAGCGACACACGGCCGGAUUGUGUUAUGAAAACAUACAAGUUCCCUGUAUGAUGCAAGCGCCAAGCCAAAAUCCAUUUUGCGUAUUUUUUCCGUCUUUAUGUACAAGUGAACGUCAAAUACCGGGCAAUUGCACUCGUUCUGUAGAAACUUGUUGUUCUGGCUUCGUUCUACAAGGACGGCAAUGCGUUCGUGCAUCCGUGGUUCGCAAAAGCUCGGCCGUGUGCACGGGGCAACACAUUUUAUGGUCACGUGUCGGGACUAUUGUUUCGCCAAAUUACCCUAACGGGUAUCCCCCUAACCAGGACUGCAUUUGGCAAAUAAAUGGGCAAAGAGGUUUUAGAAUAGAAGUCCGAAUCUGGAACCUACGACUCGAACCCCCAAGGAGCCUCUGCUUAGGAUGUGUACUAAGUUGUAUUGACAAAGUUACAUUAUUUGACUUGAGUGGUAACCCUACCAUGACAAGAUCGUACUGUGGCACUGAAUACAACGUACCCACCUAUGUGUCAUAUGUAGGACAGGUGUAUGUCCGUUUUGUAAGUGACAGUGUGGGAGGUUUUGGUGGUUUUUCAAUCUCUUAUAAUAACGUUGGUGGUAUCGCAACAACAGCAAUUCCUACAACAACAGCAACAACAGCAACAACAGCAAUUCCUACAACAACAACAGCAACAACAGCAACAACAGCAACAACAGCAACAACAGCAACAACAGCAACAACAGCAACAACAGCAACAACAGCAACAACAGCUACAACAACAGCUGUAACAACUGAAGAAGGUGUAACAAGAGCUCUUUCUCUUUCGGGGUUCUGCUUUGGGGAGCAUGUCCCAAAAAACUGCACCACCUUCUGCAAUGAACAAUGUGUUGGUGGUCGGGUUGUGAAUCCUGCAUGCCAAGAACUUAGUGUAUGUCUCCCUGGGUGUGGCUGCCCUGCAGAGAGACCAGUUUAUCAAAACACUAGAUGUUUAACCAGGGAACAGUGUAGAGCACAGUACUGCGAUGGUGGUAUGGUUUACACAACAUGCAUGCCUCGCUGUACAGCAACUUGUGCAAAUGCAGACAACUUGCCUACUACAUGCCAAACCCAACCUGACCAGUGUAUAGCAGGCUGCAAGUGUCCAGACAACUUACCAAUACUAAAUGAUGGUUUAUGUAUACCAAGAGCUCUAUGCCCAACACCAACUGUUGAACCUAUUCAAUGUGGAAAGCAAUAUUUACUUCACCAAGUCAGGAUUGUUGGUGGUGAGACUGCAAAUGAAGGCUCAUGGCCGUGGGCAACACAAGUUCAUAAAGGAAUACCAAGGACUUUUCAAUGUGGUGGCACGCUUAUAUGCUCUGGAUGGGUUCUUACUGCAGCUCACUGCUUUUUAUCGGAACAGGGAUAUUCUUUAGAUUUACAACACAUGAAUGUAUAUUUAGUGAAAAUAGGAAAAUUUAGAAGAUCCAAUGAACCAGACAGACAAACAGUGAGCCAAGUACCUGAACGUAUUGUUGUACACGAUUCUUAUGACGUAACAAGAAACAUUCAUGACAUCGCGUUAAUAAAGCUUAGAACUCCAGUUGAAAUGUCAAACACUAUACGACCAGCAUGCUUGCCUCGGCCAUCAACCUAUCUACCCUCUAUGGGGACUUCAAUAUGGGGCCCCCCUUUUGGUUCACACUGUUAUGUUGUGGGGUGGGGGUCAACACGCAACCGUGGGCCUACAAAUGAAUAUUUGAAGCAAGCCAGGCUACAAGUGAAACUAAACAAUGUUUGUCAAAGACUCUACAUGUAUUACCGACCAAAUAUCAACAUGUGUGUGGGGGGUGAUGGAGAUGAUACUUGUAGGGGCGAUAGUGGAGGACCUUUAAUGUGUAAGCAUGGUGACAGAUGGUAUGUUGAUGGCAUUACAAGUUAUGGUAGAAGAUGUGGUGUUGUUGGAGAACCUGGGGUUUAUACACGAGUUACCUCAUUCAGUUCCUGGAUUCGGACAAUCACUGGAAAUACGUGUGGACAUCCUGACACUGUGUGGACUCCAGGAACAAAUUAAAGAUGUUACUAGAUUAAUUGUAUGGUUUUAUCGAAGCUUUUUAUGUUCCCACUUUUAAAAUAAAGAUAACAUAAAA